CAGGCCUUCCUACGGGGUUAUGGAUCCGUGAAAGGAUUAGCAUUUCAUCCUCCUGGCAAGUCUGUUAUACCAUUUGCCCUUUGUUCAACCCUCCUGACCACUAUGAUUUCAUAAGACUUUGCCCAACUUUUUCUCGCUCGCUCGCAUCAACUUUGGAGUGUCCAGAGGAUGCCAUUCAUAUACUCAAAUCAGUAUGGUCCAAUUAAGCCUUUGCCAGGCCUGGGCUUUGCAGAGAAAUAGAGUGCAUGCGUUGUCCAAGCAGAGGUUCGGCUCCUGCUGUUUUUGACAUGUUUUCGGCGUUUUUGUGGGUUAGCGAAAUGAAAAGAAAACGGUACAAACUGUCAGCCCGACGCCCGUGAGGCCGCGAGACAUAAAAAAAGCGGUACAAAAUAGACCGGCAGCCCGACAAAAACGCCUAAAAACACGUCAGAAACAACCGCGACGGAACCUCUGCUUGGAGAGUAUGUUACCCCCAGUUUCUGCAACAUUUGUCAGUGCCGACCAGCGGUGUACAUGUACUUUAUCGAUUUUCUCUCAGCACAGUGUGUUCCCGUUUUCAUUCAGUCCUCUCUCCAAGCCUCUCACAAAGCGACGACCACCUGUGAACCCCGAACACAACACAAUUACCCCAGGAAACACUAUCCGUGUCGCCCAUGACGAACAAAAGCCUCUCCCGCCAAGCCCGGGCGUUGGUCGAAGCCACAUAGCCUCCUGGGCAAAUAGAUCUGAAUAGUUGGCAAAGUCCUCCGGAUUUUCGCUCCCAUCUCCCCCGGGAUAGAACCGUUAUCUUGUGUAGCAGACUGGGGCGCGUCUGUCGUCGGCGCCACUGAUAUAACCUCCCCGUGAGCGCAGAGAGAGAACACUGGCGAACCACCAGGCGCGGUGUUGGCGGAUUCAAGCGGUCACGGAUCUCAAGUAGCCGUAAGACAGAAGGAUUUCAGUGCUGUUUUCGUGCGUGACUCUGUUUAUUUCCUUUUUUCCUCUCCUUUGUGCCUCACCAUGUUCAGUAAGAAGAAGCAGUCGCUGGAUAUAACGCCCGAGAACCCUGUUUUCUAUGUGUGCUACCUGGGGAAGGUGAAGACCGAUAGACCGAAUGGAAAAGGCUGCACUGCUGAACCGACCAAGAAAAUAUGGGCGGCCAGGGAAAGCAUCCCCGACCGCAAGUUGAGAAAGGUGUCGCUAACAGUAACCCCCGAGGGCAUGCACAUGAAAGAGGUAGAGCCUCUACAAAAGGGAACGGAGCCAGUCGACGAAUUUUUCAAGAUCCAGAACGUGUCCUACUGCAUGGCCGACCUGGAACUCCCGAAGGUGUUCAGCUGGAUAACGGGGACUCCCGGCGGCAGCAAGGAAGACUUGUUUUGCCACGCGGUGCUGUGCAGUAAGAAGCAGAAGGCCCAGGCUAUGGUCAUGGUUCUCACGCACCAGUUUAGCGCCGCGUUCCGAACAUGGAAGCAAGACGCGAACAGACAGGAGAGGAAGUCUUCACUGAAACAUAGCAGGAAGGAGUCGAAGGAAAAGGUUGUGAUGAGGGUGCCGAAACCCGCGGACGGACAGAACAACAACCAGGGCGGCUCCACUCCGUCCUCGCCCUCCACGGCACCGAGUCUAGAGAGCGUACAGAGCGGGAUGGCGGAGCUCCGGGCGGACGAUUCCUCAGGCUCGGAGAAAAACGGCCAGGUGCCCGUCUCGUCCGUGCAGACGGGCCUGGACAUGAAGGAAGCCGCCAUGAACCCGGAGGUACAAGCCUUCAUGCAGGGGGACAAGUCGGAGAAAGAUGUAGAACAGAAUGACGACUAAAAACCAAGUUUGAGGAAAACUAAUCUUCUGUAUGUAUGAUAUCAUAUUAUCAGUGAACAACCUGCUAGAAAUGAUGACCUUUUUGUCUCUAAAAUUUUGUGGAAAUUAUGUAUCGUUUGUGACCCGAAACAAAGUAGUAUGGUGGCUUAAGAGCAAACAGGUCGGAAAAGUCAUUGAUACACCGACAAGUGCUCUUCAGCGUAUUUGUACAGGACUUCAGACAACACUUGGUUACGACUUGCAUGUGACCGACAUUUUAGUCCAUAGUCGAAAUUCGUUUACAUUUUCCGUACGUGUACAACGAUUGAGUAACAAACGUUCGUUAAUGUAAUGUAUGUAGUUCAAUAUGAUCACUUUGUGCAAAAUUGGCGUGUUAAACAUAGGGAUAGUAUCCACACAACAAUAUAACCGCUUUGAAAUAUUAGUUUUUAUUGAUUCUGGAAACUGAUUUCAUUUGUGGAAUCGAAAGAACUUUUGUGACCACCUGUUGAGCGUGACGGAUUAAGAUUGGGGUAAGCUGAAGGGGUCGUGUUUGGCCGCACGUUUCCAAAGUAACGACAGUCGCGUCAGUAUUAUAGACACUUUAUCACAUUAUAACACACCACACUGUACUCUUGAAGUUGAUUAUUUUCAGCUAAGUAUGCCAUAUAUAAUAGCCAUACAUGAUAUAUCUGUAUCUUGGUUGAAACGAUUCUAGUUCCGUCUGUCGCUGGGCACAUUUACACCUGUGUUGAUAAAAACAUGGCUGUGCGAUAUAGGAUAACACCGCCUCAUGUGAAAGUUUCUCACGCCCCUGUAAAACCAACCCAAAACAAAACCUACUAAAGAA